GCCCGAACCACAUAGGGCGUAUUUGCGACGUAUUUACGGGCGUUUUGGCGGGCGUAAUCCCGACGUACAGCGGGCGUCGGGACGAGCGCUUCCUCGGUCGGCGUAAAUACGAACGUAUUCGGAGAUCUGACCAGGAUAGAUCUCGACGCCUCGACGUAUUUUGACGCUGCGUAUCCGGAAGCGUUCGACGCGGCGCCGACCAAUCAGCUCGCGAGUUGACAGCCGGAAGUAGCUUCGAACAGCCGAGGCGCCGAACUGAGUCGAGGUGCACCGGAGAGUAGGCCUCGCUGGUUUGUUGUUUUUGUUCACCUGCUACUGUAAUGGCUCCUGCGAUCUGCAACGAAAGGCUAAUACGGGAAGUAUUCGCGAGGCCGUGCCUUUGGCAGGUUAAGUCAAAAGACUAUAAAGAUACGAACAAAAAAAAACUGCUGUGGGUGGAGAUCGCAGAGCUCAUGCUGCCGGGAGACCCAACGGACGUGAGCCUCAUUCUUGUGCAAAGACGUUGGAAAUCGUUGAGGGAUCGAUUCACUCGGUACGUGGCCGAGCUGGCAAAGCAGCAGAAGAGCGGUGCUGGUGCAGAAGACACCAUACCCGAUGUCACGCUGCCGUACUUUGAGCAGAUGCUGUUCCUCAAGGACACCGUCGCCCAUCGCCAGACCUCUGGAAAUAUGGUGGUGCCCGUGGUGGACGAAGGGCGAGGCACACAACAAGACUGUGCAGAGGACCUGCUGGAGCGCAUUGCCGACCUCUACGAAGCACCGGAUCCAAGAGGAUGUGUGGACGCGGUGCUCGUAGAGGACGUGCAGUGCGCAGACAGCCCUGCGUGCACCUCCAGUGCUGCCAAUGGGACCUCUUCAGAAUGUGUCGAGGUGCCAGCGAGCCCCAGCACUGCUCCCAACCCACGAAAAAGAGCAGCGAGCUUUUGUGGUGCGCAAAGCAAACCCCCACCCCCCAAAAAAAAAGUGCAGGAUGCAGUCGCGGAAGAACUUGAAGACAUUAAUGCUAGACUAAAAAGAUUCCAAGGGAUAGACUCGCAUGAAUACUUCCUGCUGUCACUGGCUGACCCAAUGCGGCAAGUGGACCCCUCACGGGUCCUAGACUUGCGAGUAGCGUUUUUGAAGCUGCUAAAAGAAUACAUGCCAGGAGCUCCAAACAAUGGCUAAAAGCUUUUUUUUCUUCUUUUUUUUUUGUGAUGUCUAGGAAAGAAAGUAAUUGACAUAAGCUUAUGUUAAGUAUUUUUCCUAUGUUUUAACCUUUUUUUUUCUACGUUUUUAACAUUUUCUACCUCAUGUUUAGUGUUUUCUCCAAUAUUCUUCAUACAACUGUGUGCAAAUUCUGGUGUGUGCCAUAUAUUCUGGGUUAUAGUGCAUAUACUAUACAUGCCUAAAAGUUGAAAAGUUAGCCAGUGCAGACUAUAUAAAUUUUUUUCUAGAUUGUCCAC